AUGGUGAGGAAGAGGAAGGAGCUGCUGUCGUCGGCGCCAUGGCGGACGGGGGAGGCGGAGGAGGACGACGAGGCGUCCAGGAUGAGCCGCGAGGGGAAGGUCACCGUCACCAGCAACCCCGGGGAGACGCCCACCAUGAACAUGCCACGCAGCAAGCGCCCGGACCUCGACCUCGCCGUCGACGACUUCGAGGAGGACGAGAUCGACCCCGAGCUGCGCUACUCCUUCCAGCGCAACAGCAGGUUCCUGCGGAGAGUUUUCACGGUGGACACACUUGUCAAGCCUCUUCCUCCUGUGAUGGCAUACAGUGUCUCCCAUGAAGAAGGAAUUGCCAAUGCACAGAGAUCCCUUGGACUGGGAAGCGAGGAUAGCUCCCGGCGGUUUCGCUGA